AAAAUAAAUAGCCAAAAUAUCUGUUACCAUUCAUUCAUUGGAUCUAGUCGAGUUUACAACAAUUUUAUUUUUGAUCAAUUUUGGAAAAAAAAUCCAUCCAUCCACCCAACAUGGCUCAAGUUAUACCAAAUGAUGAACGAUUUUUUGGAAAAUUCAAGCUCAUUUCCAGUGAUAAUUUUGAUGCUUUUCUUAAAGAAAUCGGAGUUGGUUUUAUGCAACGUAAAGCAGCCAAUUUAGCAAGUCCAGAUUUAGAAUUGAUCAAAGAAGAAGAUGGUUGGACAACAAUUAAAGUUAAAACACCAAUAAAAAAUGUUGUAAAUCGUUUUAAAUUGGGUGAAUUUUUUCAAGAAACACGUGUUGAUGGUAAAGUUUGUAAAUCAAAAGUAACAUUUGAACCACCAAACAAAUUUAUUCAAAUGCAAUGGGAUGAUAAUCUUGAAAUUAAAUAUGUUCGUGAAUUUGUUGAUAAUAAAAUCAAUGUGACAUCCACUUGUAAUGGUGUUGAAUGUUUACGUGUUUAUGAACGUGCAGACAAAUAAUAAUUUCUGAUAAAAAUAUUUUUUUAUAAUUUCUAUUUUAAAAAAUGAAAAAAUAAAUUAAAUUAAAUUUGAACAAAACAAAAA